AUGGACCCCCUCUCAACAGGACGGCCGGGAUACCACUUUAUCGCCCCACAAGGAUGGAUGAACGACCCCUGCGCGCCCGGGUACGACCCGCAGACGGGGACCUACCACCUGUUCUAUCAGUGGAACCCGCGCAGCCACGCUUGGGGGGAUAUCAGCUGGGGCCAUGCGACGAGCAAGGACCUGUUGACGUGGACGCACCGUUCGGACGACACGCCUGUUCUCGCGCCGGAUCAGCCAUACGACAAGGUCGCCGUGUUUACGGGCUGCUACGUGCCCGCCGGGGCGGGAGGCAACGCCGGCGUGCUGACGGUGUUCUAUACGUCCAUUACAGCCCUGCCAGUUCACUACACCCUCACCCACGUCCGCGGGUCCGAGGGCCUGUCCAUGGCGACGUCGGACGACGGCGGCAAGACGUGGACCAAGUCACCAUCCGACCCGAUCCUCUUUGGCGAACCCGAGGGACUCGCAGUGACGGGAUUCCGCGACCCAUACGUCUUCCACUGGCCGCGCAUGGACGAGGCGCGGUGUACAGGCUCGGAACCCGCCAAGUCGCUCUACGGCCUCCUCUCGGGCGGACUGCGUGGCAGCGUGUCUGGCCCAAGGCUGUUCCUCUUCUCCAUCGACCCCAGCGACUUGACGAAAUGGUCGUUCAUCCGUGCCCUCCCCGACUUGCCACCCAGCAUGGACAUUCUCGGCGCCGACUUGGGCCUCAACUUUGAAUGUGGCAGCGUUGUCACCCUCACAGACAUCAACGCAGCUGGUGGGUCGCGCGUAGCCGCAGAGCGCGACUUCAUUCUUGCCGGGUGUGAAGGGACCAAGGUGCGAUACCCCGUCCCCGACGAGUCCAUCCCUCCGCGUGUAGCACGCUGCGCGGCGUGGGUGCGCGCCUCCAACGACGCCGGGCUCGUCCUCGACGGUUCGGGCGGCGGCGGCUUGCUCGACUACGGCGUCCUCUACGCUGCGGCACCGUUCAAGCAUCCCGACGGGCGCACGGUGCUUUGGGGAUGGCUUCCCGAAGACGACGUGCCCGACAGCGAGCAGGCGCGAAAGGGCUGGGUCGGGUGUUUUGGUGUUCCCCGGCAAAUCUUCUUGGCGCGGUACGACAGUGUCGCGCCUGCCACGGCUGGGAGGCUCAGGACACUUGGGUUCGAGGUGGAGGAGACAGCGACGGGCGCGACAGUCAACACGUUUGGUAUCCGUCCUCUCACGGAGCUGACCUGUACCGAAGCUGCGAUCAUUGUACGACACAACCACGACCACUCCAUAUCCACGCGCAUAUCUUACAGGCCCAAGGAAAGCGAGAUACGCAUUAUCCGCUCCCGCUCCGCUGCCUCUACCCAAGUCAACACGUGCGACGAAGUGGGCAUGUUCACGCUCCUGACCAUGGUCUCAGCAACAGGCCAAGAGGAGCUCGAGCCCCUCCGCCUACGCGUUUUUAUCGACCAUGAUGUCCUUGAAGUGUUCGCAAACGACCGCUUUGCCAUGUCGACGUGGAUCUACUCGCCUCCCGAGUGUCAAGGUGUGUCACUCGACUGGAACGGGGACCCCAGCUUGCGCACAGUGGAAGAGGCGGGCAGGCGGCAGCCCACCGAUCUGGCCCCGCAUGGGGACGACAGUGCCUCGUUGGAGAGCGUUGACGUUUGGGAGCUUGUGGCCACGAAUAAAUGA